AUGGUUUCACCAACAAAAGCUUCUAAACAACAGCGAGGCAAUAUUUCAAUAAGACUUCGUGACGCUCUCAAUGAUGAAUUGACUAAAUUAUGGACUAUAAAUACCCCUCAUAACAUAUAUACUAUUGUUGAUAACAUCAGCUUAUUAAUCAAAAAAUUCAAUACAAAGUUUUCCAAGCAAACAGCAUGUACCUAUGUGUAUGUCAUUCUGCAUGAUUUUUUUAAGAAAAGAAUUAAUGAGAUCAUAAAGGAGUUAGAAAGAUGUAAUGAUUUGACAUUUGAAGAUAUCUUGCUAGUUAUGAAAAAUUUUGAAUGCAAAAUUGACUUGUUAUCCAAUACACUUAACUCGUUAAAGAAAGCCCAAGAUGAGUUAUCCAUGAAGAUCUCUCCAAUAUUUUUUUCUAAAAGUCAGAUUAUUGCUUACUUCAAAUCUUCAAACUUUUAUAGUAAGAUUCCAUUAGAGGAAGCAAUAUGGAAAAAUCUUAUUGAAAACAUCAAUGGCAAUGAGAUGCAGAUAUAUCAAUUGGUAGAUUUUGCCAAAUUUUUAUGUGAGUAUGAUAAAUAUAAUUCUCUACAAACAGGUUCAAUGGAACAAAUGAUUAAGAGGAUGAGAGAAAAUUUUGUCUCAUAUAUUGCAAAAAUAUCGAAUACUGGCAAAUUUGAUACUGUUAUUCAGAUUUGGUCUAACUUUAUUAAAUUUGGAACUUUUUUGGGUUCUAAUAUUAGAAAUCAAUUUCGAGUCAUGGGCUUUCAAGAGAUUUUUGCAGAUUCUGAAAUCCUAUUAAUUCUAUUAAAAAAUGAACAGAAAGGAUGGAUUGACUAUACAAUGUAUCAUUCAUUAUGGAAAGAUGCUUUCAGACUUAAAUAUAACGAUUCUCCAAAGAGACGUUACUGGAUGGAAUUAAAUAUAUCUGAUACACAACUUCACCAAAUAGACGAUGACUUUGGAUUUAAUUUUGUAACAAUAAAUAAGAUAAUAUUCAAGCCUGAUAAUUUUGAAGACACAUUUCAACAAAUCAAAUCUUUAGAUCCUGGACCACAUAUUCAAAGUAAAGAAUAUUAUUCUAUGCUGUUAGAAGAACUUCGUAAACAUUUUUUAAAAACCAUCGAAGGAUCACCAAAUAAAUAUUAUAGCUCUCUUGCAAAAUUUCUUAACCAGAAAUAUUACCAAUUCAAGGAACAUUAUGCAAAUAAAAGUAUGGAUAAUGACACUGACUAUGACUACCCAUAUUUGAGUUAUUUUAUAAAAAGAUAUUGUCCAAACUAUGAAAUAUUUCUUAAAAGUUAUUGGCUACCAAGAUUUAUUAAAAUAAUUGUAAAACCAUCGAUAGAUGAUCAACUUGGUCAUAUUAUUAAGGAAUUUAAUUCACAUAUUUAUUUGAACCUAAAGAAAGAAUGUAUUGAUGAUAAAAAUAAAUUAUUGAAGUUUAUAGAAGAUGCUAUUGAGAAUAAAAAAUAUUUGAGUAAUGGUUCUAUAUUUACAUGUAUACUUAUCCCACAGCAUUAUGUAAAUAUAAAUGCAGCACCGUUAAAAACGUUUUGGGCCACAAAUGGCUUCAAGAAAAGAUGGCAAACAGUAAUUGCUGAAUUAGCAUCAACUUCUAGAGUGAUAGAAAAUAAUACAGCAAUUCAUUAUGUUUUGCUUGAAACUCCUAUCAAGCUAUCUGAUGGAUCUUAUCUAUUAGUUGAGACUAAUAUGUCCAUUGCUGCAAUACUAUAUUGUUUUAACAAAAAUGAUGUAAUGACCAUAGAAGGUUUUAUUAGUACUAUUAAAAUCACCAAACCGCAAAGUAAACAGUUUUUUUCUUCCUUAAACAAGUUAAUAGGAUUAAAAUUAUUAAUAAAAGAUAAAAAUAAGAUAAGAUUCAACUAUGCAUAUGAUUGUUCAGGCUUAGAUUCAAAUAUUUUAAGACUUUAA